AUGAACUACUGGACCACUAAGUCAUCUAAUUGGAUUAAUAAUCAGACUGAUUACUCUAGUCUCAGUGAUUCUCAAUUCCUCUUUGGAUCUCAGUUCUGUCCAGAAAAUUCAGAGACCAUGUUAGCACCCUUGGACUUUGGUACCCACCUGAGAUAUCCAAAACGGUCACAGCAGAAUUCGCUAGAAAGUGAACCUACUAUUUUCACAAAGUACCAGGCAAAACCCCAGCUGUUUGGAGGAGAUAUAAAAGAUGGAGGCUUAUUUCCUCCUGCUUUGUCAGUUGGAAAAUCAAAAGGACUCUUGGAGCAGUUUGAGGAGAAAAAGAAAAGAACAAAAGACAAAUGUGACAGUGAGACUCUAUACAACUUUGUUUCCCAUGUUACAGAAAGCAUUCAUAGGUUGCAGACAUCUGUGGAAAAGUCUGAAGAACAUCUUAGUUUAAGAAGCCAAUCUAUUUUGGAUUCUUUGGGGACUGUGGCCAAGACAUUGCAAGAGACUGCUCAAGCCCAAAAUGACCUGGUAUUUGAGGCAGUACAGGACAAAGGCAACAUGCAGCAGGCCAUCCUUGAGAUGCAGAAGAGAUUUGAAGCUAGACAAGCAGAGUUUAUAGAAAUGAAAUCAAACUUGAAGCACCUUGAAACUUUAGUUGCCCAGCAGAAUAAGGACUUCCAGCAGCUGUGUGACAAGAUAGGCCAGCUGAAUGUGCCCAGUGUCUUAGCAGAGCUGAAGAGUCUGAUCUCAGUGCCUCGGGUACCUGGGCAUGUGAAAGACAACACUUCUCAGACAUCGCCACCUCUGGCCCAGAGCCUCAAUCUUACCAGGCAGGAAAAAUACAUCUCUAAGGAACAAGUUUUAUGGCAGGCCCGGCCCCUCCCUGCUUCAUGGAAUCCUAGUGUAGGCUCCCUGCAGCCUGGAGAAUCAAGUGUCUGGGGUGAUGUAAAGGACAAGGCAGUGCAGACUAACUGCAAGAUUUGGGCCAUUACUAAAACAGAUCCGAAGAACAACAGCUCCAGCAUCCUAUGCCACAAGGUCUCUGGUGACAGGGACCCAGUUUCCCAAGGAACCUCACCAUUCAAGUCUAUGGAUUUUAACAACUUUGCAACCAGCAUUAAGAAUGCCUGCCAAAAAUGUCAAGCCAAAAGCAUGUUUUUGUGUGACCCAUGUGAACAGUUGGCGAUUAAACAGAAAGGCAGGACUGUAGAAAGAGGGAGAAAAGGCAAGAAGCAGCAGCCCAGGAAAGCCCACAGAGGUAGGCUCCUAGCCAAGAAGAGAGAACAAACCCCAAGCAAGACCUGUGCUUUCAGUUCUAAAUAUCAAAGUCUUCAUUCUUCAGUUUCUGGUUCACAAAAGCCCCUCAUGGGGCAGCAGGAACCUCUUGCUCAGCCCCUACAUCCACAGGGCCCCAAGAGUCUCACAAAGUCAGUCUGCCCUAUUCUGGGAGGUACAGUCAUGUCCAGUAAGACAGCAAAGGCAAUGCCCAGUAAGACAGCAAAGACAGGGCAAGGUAGCCUCUUGCAGCUCAGCCAGUCCUCUUCCCAAGACAACAGCCUGCUUUCCAGCAGUUCCCAGAGGGAUCAUCAGAUGAGCUGGUUCAGUGACCUCAACCUUGGAAGUUCAGAGCCCUCUCUGUGCAAGGAUCCAGGAAAGAAUUUGCUCUAUGACUUGGGUUUUGAUAGCAGUGAUGAUGGCUUCUGA